GAGUUUAAAUUUAGAUGUACUAUUUUUUAUUAUAAAGUGGGAUUCCAUAUAUUGUAAGAAAAAAAAACAGGAAGGAGGAUAUUUUAAAGUACGUGUCUUAAAUUAUAUUUCAUAUUCAUUCUCCUGUUUGUGAAAUAUUGGUAUUAGAUGGCUGGUGUUCUAUCGAGAUCACAAAUUUCAGAAGAUAUUCAAGAUUAUUUUCGCAAAGACAGAAGAAGAAAUCCAGGAAAUAACCAUACAUCUGUUAACACGUCACAUAAUAAAUCACCAAGAAACAGAGACAAUCCAUCAAAAUGCGAUACCUUGGGAAUACUGAUUGACAGACCAAAACACAAACAGUAUGGUACUCUUCAGUCCCGAAUUGCUUCAUUCGAAAAUUGGCCACAGGAUAAAACACAAGAGGUAAGGCAGUUAGCUGAAGCUGGAUUUGGGUAUACAGGAGUGGACGAUUCUGUUAGAUGUUUUUAUUGCAGUAUAGGACUAAAAGACUGGCUAGAAGGAGCUUGUCCCUGGGAACAUGUUCUAGCCAGCCCUGAUUGUGGUCACGUGAUGCAGUGUAAAGGUAAAGGGUAUAUCAGAAAAAUUCUAGGAGAAAAAGACCAAGACUCUGAUGUUGACGUGGACGAUUCAGAUGAAGUAGUGGAUACUGUACAGCUAGCUAUAAAUAGAAACGAAGGUGCUGUUAUUGCUGCAAGAGAAUAUUGUACAGAUGAAGAUAUCUUAAAAAGAGCAAUAAAAACAUUGAUCAAGCAAGACGCACAGAAACAAUUCUCAGCUGUCGAUCUUAUAAAAGUUAUACAAGAAUUUGAGGAAACAAACGAAAAUGCAAACGCGACAUCACAGCUUUCCGAAGACGAAGAGCAAGACGAUAUAGAAACAGACGAAGAUAUUUCUGAAGAAGAAGAAGAUAUGAAAGAAACCAACAGAAAAUUAAAGGAACCAGUAACGUGUAAAAUAUGUUAUGAUGCAAUUGCAUGUAUUAUUACAUUACCAUGCGGCCACAUGGUUUGUUGCUCCCAAUGUAUUUCAGCACUAACUAAAUGCGCAGUCUGUAGAACCCAAAUUAAAGGCACCGUCCGAGCUCUGAUGGCCGUUUGAAAAAAUAUACUUAAUACAUGUAACUGACUGAUGCUUGUCGACAACAGAAACUUUCAAUAUCUUUGACUGUCCUUCAUUUGCAGUCCACAUAUUAGUCAUAGUUUGAGCACUUUUUCUAAUUAAAAAUGUUAUGUGCUUAUAUAUUUACUUUAUUUUAAACUCAAGGCAGUAUUAACAUUUUUGAAUGGGAGCCUUCCUCAAAUAUUUGUACUAGAUAUUUACAAAACGUGAUAUUUACAAAAUUUUGAGUAAAAGAUAAAUUAUUUUUAUUUAUCAGAGUUGAAGCACUUGUUCACACAAAGGACUGUUAAACAACAAUAAAUGUAUAUGAACAAUAAUUUCAUUUAUACUUUAACUUGAAUUUCGUAAACUCAUUCUUAACUCGCAUAUAAACUAUUUUUUAAUUUUAGUUUUCUGCUGACCUUUUAACCCGAUGAUGCAUGGUAUAUAAGGUAACUUUAAACGACUGUUCACGUCCUGCGGUGUAAAUAAUACUUAAUGAAGACAUGCGAUGAAAGGAGCUGAAAGUUCAAGCUUUUAGCUUUCUUUUGCAUAGGCAUAUCCAUCAUCCUGAACAAUAAUUAUGUUACGUGAGCAGAUGGUUUUGCUCUUUGUUGCCUGGAAUAUUAUCUGAGGUGGUUAUAAUGUAAUUCUGAAUGGCGAUUUGAGCGGGCUGUCUUUAUAAGCUUUCAGAUUCAUAGGAAUAUUACCGCUGCUGUAAUAUUUAGUUAUAAUGAUUGAUGACGAGCGAGGGCAGAGAGAAAACUAUUUGUUGUGUCUUGAUAAUUAUUAGACGCAGACAAUUCCCAAUAUGCAUAUGAAUAUCGCAUCCCUUUGUGUUGAUAAUACAUGUACUUUAUAAAUGAUGUGCGAGCGAAAUGAGCUGAAUUUGUUUAUGCCUACAGCUUUAUAUUGCAUAGAAAAAGCACGUGACAUAGCGUACACUUGACAGAAUUUUAGACAGACGUGCGCGCGCCUGAUGCGCCCCUAUUGUAAACGACCUGUAAUGUAUUUUUUUUUCAAAAGUAGGGACCUACCAAGUUCAAGAAAUGUAUGUACAAAGUUUCUCAUAUUUGUUUGUUUUUCGUUAUUUAGCCUCUUGUGCCCACCACACAGGUUGACUUUCAAAAGUUGUAUUUUAAUAAGUUUUUGCUAUUAGACUGAGACAGACAUAUAUCCUUGGAAUAUAGAACACUACACUACAGCGGAGGCAGUGAUCAUAAUUGGGAUCUUAACCCGUUUAGUUAAUAGCAUGGAUCCUAUAAAUUAACUGAUUAAUGUCUCUAGUGUCCGCAGUAUUUUGCUAAUGAUAUUAAUUUACAUUAUCAAAAUUGUCUUUUUAAUAGUGUAAAUAUAAACAGAGCUUCAAAGUUAAUAAUGCAGAGAGAUAUGUGACUACUUAUUAUUUCAGUGAUCAGUCUUUAUAAACAAAGAGAUAUGACUACCUAUUGUUUCAACGACCAUUCUUUAUAAACAAACACCAAAACGUAAUAGUUUUACACUCAUAGGAUACAUAAUGUACCUUUCACGAUUGAUUCACUAUGUAGCAUAAGCUCAUUAAAAAUGUCAUGCAACAUAAUAAAUUGUUACGUAGUAUUUUCAAAAUGUAGCGAUGCCUUUGCAUUUUUCUAAUAAAGGGUAUUCCGAAGUAGGAAAAACUGUAAAUCUUAAACAUAAAUAAAUUAUUUCUAUGUACAAAAUGUGAUUUUUUUAUAAUGAAGUUCUUGAUAUUUAUAUGCUAUUUGACUUUUUAGUAGUAUUUUAUUAGCUUAUCAAAGUGUUCUCCGUUGUUUAUUUGUAAAUACAAUAUGACAUGUAAGACGCCUAAAAUUUCAAAAUAGCACAGUCACAUAGAGAAAGAGAAAGAAAAACCCACACUACUAGUUAUCCACAAUCCCGUUUACUAGAACAUAAUAACAUACUUGUGUACUAUGUACUGUAUUAGAAUAUUUGUGUACUAUACUGUAGAAUAAGGGUUUUUGAAACAUCAAUAACCUAAAUGUUUUACUUCAUUACUGAUAUUCCUGAUUAGUAUGAUUAUUUGACUUUAUACUGAAUAGAUACCGUACUUAUGAUCUGUGCGUGCUGAAUACCCACUUGAAUGAUUUACUCAAGCAAUUACACAAAAUCUGUACUUAUUCUUGCUUGUAUGCCGAAUAAAUUUGAAACUUA